GAAAGGUCACUACGGCAAGCUGAGGCGGACAGAAAGAGCGGCGCUGAGUAAACAUCAGCAGGAGUUCACUGUUAUUCUUCUGUGGCUGGACAAAUAGAUCGAAUAUUCCCCCGUCAGAUCUGAUCCACAGGAGGUGAGGAAAUCUGCAGUGUGAUGAGACUGAAGGACAGCUCUGGGCAGCUCAGACUGUGGAGCUGGUUCCUGCUGUGCUCCAGCUGUCUGCUGUGUGUAUGUGCUCACGGAGGACAGCAUGGAGAACCAGCUGCUUCAGAUCAAGAGCCUCCCCCAAUCACCCGGCUGGACAGGAAUAUGGUUCAGGAUAAAGAGCACAUCAUGGAGCAUUUAGAAGGAGUGAUUGAGAAGCCUGAGUCGGACAUGACUCCUCAAGAGCUUCAGCUUCACUACUUCAAGAUGCACGACUACGAUGGCAACAAUCUGCUGGACGGACUCGAGCUGGCCUCCGCCAUUACUCAUGUUCACAGAGAGGAAAGAGGAGAUAACAGCCAGCCAAUGAAGGAAGAGCAUCUCAUUAACCUCGUUGAUGAGGUUCUCCGAGACGACGACAAAAACAAUGAUGGCUACAUUGACUAUGCAGAGUUCGCGAGGUCUCUGGAGUAAAAGAGGAGAGGAAGAGCCGCUGCCUUACUGUGAAUGCAGAUUACCUCUGAUGUACACAUCUCCAGCACAUUCCUUCAUGUGUGUGUUUUCACAGGCACAGUAUAUUCGUGCUUCAGUCUAACCUGUAAUAAAUGUCAUACGAUCAAGUGGUGAGGGUCAUGAUGAAGUGACAUGAGAUGUUUUGUAUGUAUGCCAUCAUUGUAACAUGUAUUAGUUGUUUCACUCACAUCUGCGUAUGUCUUGUCAGAAUGGACCUUAAUGUAUAAACUGCCAAAUGUAUCCAAUGUAAACGAGCUACAUUGGUAAAGUGGAAUAUUAAUUGCUGCUGUGCUGAUAAAUGAUGGCAAAUGCGUGCUUUUUCUGCCUUAAA